ACGCACCGUCUGCGCGCCACAGCACAGAGCAACUCCCGUGAGGAGAUGGGUUACCUGGACAGUCGCACUGAUUGAAAUGUAUUAUUUAACAGAAGACAUAGGCCUACUUUUUUGAGGAUUCUUCUGGAAAAACACAGCCAAAAUGCUCCCCAACAGCUCUUUCAGGAAUCUAACCUUGGAGGACGGUUUUUUCCUAAUGAACAACUCGUCUGGGAACGAAACGUACAGCGAGUCUCAAGGCAGCGCUAUCCUCAUCUCCUUCAUUUACUCGGUUGUCUGUUUGGUCGGACUGUGCGGGAACUCUAUGGUUAUCUAUGUCAUUUUCAGAUAUGCCAAAAUGAAAACUGCAACAAAUAUUUACAUUCUGAAUCUGGCCAUAGCGGACGAGUUACUUAUGCUGAGUGUCCCUUUCUUGGUGACAUCUUCACUCCUUCAUCACUGGCCUUUCGGCUCCCUUCUCUGCCGCCUUGUUCUAAGUGUUGAUGCUAUUAAUAUGUUUACGAGUAUUUACUGCUUAACUGUACUUAGCAUAGACCGAUAUAUCGCGGUUGUGCACCCCAUCAAAGCCUCCCGGUACAGGAGACCCACAAUAGCUAAAAUAGUCAACUUUGGGGUUUGGAUGUUUUCUAUCCUGGUCAUUUUGCCCAUUAUUAUAUUUUCCACGACCGUUCCAAACUUGGACGGUUCGGUUGCUUGCAACAUUCAGAUGCCAAAGCCAGUUAACCAGUGGAUGGCUGUGUUUGUGAUCUAUGCCUUUCUCAUGGGCUUUCUGUUCCCAGUCAUUGCUAUCUGUAUGUGUUACAUCCUCAUCAUCGCCAAGAUGAGAGUGGUGGCACUGAAGGCAGGUUGGCAACAGCGUAAGAAGUCGGAGAGAAAGAUCACUCUGAUGGUGAUGAUGGUGGUGACCGUGUUUGUCAUCUGUUGGAUGCCCUUUCACAUUAUGCAGCUCGUCAAUGUCUUUGUGGAGCACCAUAACGCAACACUCAUGCAACUCGCAGUGAUUCUGGGAUACGCAAAUAGCUGCGCCAACCCUAUACUGUACGGAUUUUUAUCAGACAAUUUCAAACGUUCGUUCCAAAGAAUUUUGUGCCUGCGGUGGAUGGACAAUGCAACGGAAGAACCAAUAGAUUACUAUGCCACGUCUCUGAAAAGUCGUGGUUACAGUGUGGAUGAAUUUCAACCGGACAAUAUGGAAUGUGAUAGCACGUAUAGAAAUGGAACCUGUACUUCUAGGACAACGACACUGUAGCAGCAUAUGGACAUGAUGAAAUGAACAAAAUCAUUAACGUGACCACUGAGUGUUUCGCUCAUAACUAGGCGGUUACUUCGAUAUGUAUUCAUGUUGUUUACCUGCAACUAUUUGAACGCAAUUAAAAUGUUAAAUAAUCCAAAUGUCUUAUUAUUGUUCGUAGUAUUACAAUGUGGAUUCAGGUGGCACUGUGCGUAAUAGUCCUCCAAGUAGCACAAGUCGCCUACAGAGCUGAAACUGACUGGCACCACUAGAGGCUUCCGGAGUGAUAUUAUUUCCACUGUGUGAGCACAUACAAAAAAAGUGUUAAACAGUGCUGCUUAUGAUUAAUCUAUUGCAGAUAUCUUGGAGAGUAUACCGAGAUGUGCAGUUUAAGUUCAGAUUCAUACUCAGACUCUAUGAUGAAUUAUUAAUUGCGCAAAUUCAAGUUAAAACAGCAUCAGUGAUCUUCGCUUUUAAAUCUCUCAGGCAGAGAGCAACAUGGACACUUGUUCACCUUAGCAAAACAACCACAUCCUGGUCCAGAAAGAGCAGCCCAGCUAUCUCUUAUCCGCUGUCCUCUUAUCUUUGGUGCAGAUUUACUCAGCUCUUUGUAGAAGAUAGCCACUGGGCACGGACGUCAGUUCAACGUCUAGUUUUCAAUUGGUUGCUGAAUGAAACGUGCAAUCAACCAAAAAUGUCCUAAUGUCAUUAGAUUUGUAAUAAUACGACACGAAAUUCCCUUACAUUGAUUACUUUUGUUCAAAUCCAAUCAGUUUUCCACGUCGAUUCAACGUCAUCACUUUGAUUUAAACCCCAAAAAUGUUUAUAUGGAAACA